UGAUAUAAUAAUUAAAAACAAAAUCUCAAAUUUUACACAAACGAUACAUAGCAUUACAAGCUUUCAUUUAUAUCUCUUUCUGUGUUCUGCAUUUACACUCAAGAAGAAGGCUUUUUCUUCCUUGCCCAAGGUGAGUUUUUUUUUUGUUUCUUAGGGUUAACAAGUUUCCAAAACGGUUGAACAAACUCAGAAAAACUAAACCCCACUGAUUUUGUUCUUCUGGGUUAAGAAGGGGAAAGUAAAAGCUUCAACCUUUGGGGAAAAGAUGAAGAGGGGUAAACUAGACCCGUUUGUGCUACCCAAUAGGUUCACACUGCUUCAAAUUUUUAUGGUGGUGAUACUUCUUUACUUGCUCUUCAUGAGCUUCGAAAUCCCCCUUGCUUUCAGAGCUGGGUUUGGUUCUGAAAAUGGUGCUUUUGGGUUUCUCACCGACGCAUUGCCCGUGCCCAUGCCAGUGUUGAUAGAAGAACCGCAAGAGAAGCUUGAAAUUCGAGAACCCAAAGGAAAAAAGUUGAAGAAAGUUUCGACCUUGAGCUUCAAUGGUAGCUUCUCUGAGGAUUCUGAACUGCACAAGGUGGCGAGGCACGCUUGGCUCGCGGGGAAGAAGCUCUGGGGGGAAGUGGAAAGUGGGAAAGUUGAAAGCUUUGCGAAGGUUAAUGUUGAAAACGGGUCGAACUCGUGCCCCAGUUCGGUUACGGUUUCUGGGUUGGAGUUUCGAGAACGGUUCAAGGGUGUGAUGGUGUUGCCUUGUGGUUUGACUCUUUGGUCGCACGUGACUGUGGUGGGGACCCCACGUUGGGCGCAUGCGGAGAGGGACCCGAAGAUAGCGGUGGUGAAGGAUGGGGAUGAGGCGGUGCUGGUGUCACAGUUCAUGAUGGAGUUGCAAGGGUUGAAAGCAGUGGACAAGGAGGAACCACCUAGGAUUCUGCAUUUCAAUCCGAGGUUGAGAGGGGAUUGGAGUGGGAAACCUGUGAUUGAACAGAACACUUGCUAUAGGAUGCAGUGGGGUUCUGCUCUAAGGUGUGAGGGGUGGAAGUCUCGUGCGGAUGAGGAAACUGUUGAUGGACACGUAAAAUGUGAGAAGUGGAUUCGUGAUGACGAUAAUCGUUCUGAAGAGUGGAAGGCAACGUGGUGGCUAAACAGAUUGAUAGGGCGAAAAAAGGUGGUGACUGUAGACUGGCCAUAUCCUUUUGUAGAGGGUAAGUUAUUUGUUCUCACCAUAAGUGCUGGCUUGGAGGGUUACCAUGUUAGCGUGGAUGGGAGGCAUGUGACGUCCUUUCCCUAUCGCACGGGAUUUGCUCUUGAGGAUGCUACUGGACUAUCCAUAAAUGGGGAUGUUGAUGUGCACUCUAUAUUUGCUGCUUCCUUGCCUAUGUCGCAUCCUAGCUUUGCUCCACAGAUGCACCUUGAAUUGCUUCCUCAGUGGAAAGCUCCUCCUCUUCCCGAUGUGAAUGUGGAGCUUUUCAUUGGUAUCCUUUCAGCUGGGAACCAUUUUGCUGAACGGAUGGCAUUGAGGAAGUCUUGGAUGCAACAUAACCUAAUCAGAUCUUCACACGUUGUGGCUCGAUUUUUUGUAGCCUUGCAUGCAAGGAAGGAUAUAAAUGUGGACAUAAAGAAAGAAGCAGAGUAUUUUGGUGAUAUUAUUAUAGUCCCAUACAUGGAUCAUUAUGACCUUGUUGUGUUGAAGACCAUUGCUAUCUGUGAAUAUGGGACUCGUACAGUGGCUGCGAAGUAUAUCAUGAAGUGUGAUGAUGACACAUUUGUUAGAGUGGAUUCUGUCAUGAGUGAAGCCAGACAAGUUCAAAGUGAUAGAAGUCUUUACAUGGGAAAUAUGAAUUACCACCAUAGACCUUUUCGCCAUGGGAAAUGGGCUGUAACUUAUGAGGAAUGGGUAGAGGAAGAGUAUCCUACCUAUGCCAAUGGUCCAGGUUACAUAGUCUCAGCUGACAUUGCUCAGUUCAUUGUAUCUGAAUUUGAGAAGCGCAGAUUAAAAUUAUUUAAAAUGGAGGACGUGAGCAUGGGAAUGUGGGUGGAGCAGUUCAACAGCUCAAGAGCAGUAGAGUAUGUGCACAGCUUGAAGUUCUGCCAAUUUGGUUGCAUCGAAGAUUACUACACUGCACAUUACCAAUCCCCGCGACAAAUGACGUGCAUGUGGAAUAAAUUGCAACAUCAAGGAAAACCACUCUGCUGCAACAUGAGAUGACAAUAUGAGGAUGGUAUAGGUGAUCACCACAAGGAAAGAAGAAAGAUGCACAGCUACGAAUGUUCUAUGGUUAUAAUAUAUCUCUGUAAAUAGGCACUGGUUUUUUACUUCCCUUUUGGAGGGGUGUUUGGGGGGAUGUUAGUUUGAAAUGGUGAGAAAGCUUGUAUCCACCACCUAUUGGUUUGUUGUGUUUUCCCCCCUAUUUUGACCCAUCCCCCAACCUUGAAAGAAUAAAUGGCUUUAGGAAUAUCAACAUAUUUAGAGUUAAAGUUGGAUACUGCAGCAAUCGGUGAAGGAACAGACCAUUGGUUUGUAAAUUUGUAACGUAGAGCAAAAUGAUGCAGAAGCAGAAUCAAAUUGCUUUUUCUGCUUUGACUUCAUUUUCAAUUGUUCUUUCAUGCAUUCAAGUUUGCACUACUAGGUGAAGAGCUAUCUAUUG